AUGGAUAAUUCGGAUUACAAUUUAACCUCUCUACCGCCCAUGAUGAAUGUCGAUGGCAAUGGCCAGCUACUAAUGCCGUUGCCCAAUGGCCAGCCUUAUCAGGUGCCACCCUCGGAAAUGCAGCCGCAAGAACUGCAGCAACCCCAAAUGCAUCAUGAACUGCAGCCCUUAAAUCCUGUGUCUUCGUCAGCUACCGUCAGUUUGCCCUCAUCGCUGGUUCAACAAUUUGCUGGUCACGAGGGGCCUGGGCCAGUUGAGCCCCCACAGCCUAUUGGUCCAACGGCAAAUUAUGCGGGAAAUGUCAAUGCUGCCCAUUUGCCGCUGACGGGCUUUUUUGGUGAGAGUUCCCAUCUCGAUGUUCUCAAUGUAGGAUAUCAUCCUACACCAGCCACAGAAAUGUUAAGACAAAACGAAACACAACCUAUAACUCCAUCCCUAAACGAAGCAGUAUUAGAAAGUCCAAAUAAAAUUGUGAAUAAAGCCGAAAUCGAAAAGACCUCAACUAGUGCAGAACCAUCCAAGGCCAUGGAACCAACGGAUGGGGUGGUGGAGACCAGUAAGGAACAAAAUAGCACAGAUAAUAAAAUCAAUGAAGCUCAAAAUGAUAAACCGAUAGAAACGAGCGAGGACAAGGAAACCCCCGAUGAGGAGAAAACGUCCGGAAAAGAUACCCCUGAGGUUGUCGUCACUGAGGAAAACAAGAUCACAGAAAAUGAAAGCUCCAAAAAGUCCAAUGAAAAAGAAAAACCCACAGAAGAAGCUGAUGAUGAUGUCGUGGCCAUUGAAGAUGAUGCCGACGAUGAUGACGAAGUUGAAGAGGUUGUGGACGAUGAAGACGAAGAGGUGGAGGAGGAAGAGGCCGAAGAAGAAGAGGAGGAGGAAGAUGAAGGUGAAGCUAUUAUACCCGACGAUGGCAUUGCACCCAUAGUUAUACGUAAUAAAGAAGCCACUGAAUCGGCCGAGGAAGAAGUUGAGGAGGAGGAGGAUGGGGAUGAGACAAAUGUAACUAAAAAUGAUGAAGCUGCUAAAGAAGAGGCAGCGGAAACUCGAACGGAUAAAGAAACUAAUGAAAAAGAUAAAUCUGAAACGGAGGGUGCUAAAUCGGACAAUGAUGCCGAUAAAGCGGAGGCUACUCCCGCCAGUUCCUCAACACUUCGACGAAAACAACAAGAGGAGGAGGUCGAUGAAAAUCAAUGUCGUGUCUGCUGCAACAAAGACAAUCUGGUAACGCUGUUCAAAAAAAUGGAGGAUCAACAGACGGUGGCCGAUAUGCUGAUGCUCAUCUGUCCCUCGGUGCAUAUAGCUAUCAAAGAUUUCCUACCACAAUUCAUUUGCAAUCGAUGUCUGGAUAAUGUCCUGAAGGCGGUACAACUUAAACAGCAGUGUGAAACGACGGAAAAGGAGUUGCGCAAGAAGCUGUCACGGCAUAAAAAUAAAAUCAGACGUCCUACGGGUUAUGUGGUCAUCGAUGCCCCGCUUGACUCCGAUCCUGCCACAGAUGAUGAACAGUCGAAUGAUGAGGAAUUUAAAGUCUCCGACAUUGCCAGUGUUUCGCCCAGUGAAGAUUCAGUGUCCUCCGAGGAGUCGGAUGACAGUAAAAGUAAGAAGAAGAAGGGCCGGAAACGACGCAAAUCGAAAUCCUCCAAAUCAAAAAGUGGCAAAUCGGUAAAUGGUUCUUCGGAUGAUGAAGAUGAUGGCGACCCCAUUGGCAAUCACAAACGAAAACGUUCGGAUAAUUCUUCACCAGAAGUCUUCGCCUGUGAUGAAUGUGAUCAUGUCUUCCAUCGUAAGCAGUCGUUGGUGCUGCAUCGUAAGGUACACACGAACGAACGCGAACCGAUUGCCUGCAAGAUUUGUGGUCGUAUGUUCAAAAUAAAGGGAGCCUAUCGCACGCACAUGGAACGACAUCGUGACGAGAAAAAUCUCAUCAAAUGUCAAAAAUGUUCUCGGACUUUUUUCAGUAACAUAGAGCUGAGGAGGCAUAUGAUAGAGUCGCACAGUCAAUCGGGUUCCAUACUUGAGUGUUUGAAAUGUAAGAGGAAAUUUGUCUCGGCCAGUCGCUUGGAAAGUCACGAGAAUCGUUGCCAUGGCAAUGGUAAAAAUAAAAAAGGCAAUGAUGCGAAUAGUUUUGUGGUCGGCCAGGAUCUAUUUAAAACGGUGGCACCGUUGACAACAACCUAUUGGAGUGAUAGUUACUCGGAUUAG